AUGCCUCAUCUACUGCGGCAGAACCUGCUGUUGCCCAGUCCGCCCACGGUGGUCAUGCACGAUCCUCGCACCCACCUGCGGCACCUGCCCCCGGCCUACAGUCCCGCCCAGACGCCGCUCAGCCGGGAACGGGACUUCGCUCCCCAGGUGCGCUAUCACCUGGAGAUGCCACGCAAGCCCAAGUUCCGACCCUGCAAGGUCAUCUUCGUGGGCGACUGCUCGGUGGGCAAGACGGCCAUUGUCAAUCGGUUUUGCUACGACAAAUUCCAGUCGAACUACAAGGCCACCAUUGGCGUGGACUUUGAGCUGGAGAAUUUCAGUAUUCUGGGUCACAACUACAGUCUGGAAAUGUGGGACACGGCUGGCCAGGAGCGUUUUAAAUGCAUAGCAGGCGCCUAUUAUCGCAAUGCAAGCGUGAUAGUGGUUACCUAUGACAUGUCCAAGCGGGAUUCCCUGGAAUCGGCUAAAAAGUGGCUCAAUAGCGCACUCAACUACAAUACAAGCACAAAACCCUUGGUCUUCCUAGUGGGCACAAAAGCAGAUCUUUUGACAAAGGAGGAGUUUGUGCGAAUGGAACGGUUGGCGGGCGUGGCAGCUGCCGAGCUGCAGGCGGAAUAUUGGUCGGUCUCAGCACGAUCUGGUUUCAAAGUCACAGAAUUCUUUCAGAGAAUUGCUGGCCUAGCUUUUGAGGAAGCUGUAAGGCAGGAUAUAAAGUACAUUAAGAGUAAGCCACAGCAACAGGCAACUCAGUCAUCAGUUAAAUCGCAAACUUUUGAUUUACGCAACAUUUUUAGUGGCCGCCUUUCGCCCCAAAAGAGCGGCUGUGCUUGCUAGCCUGCAUACAUUACUAUAUUCUAAGUUUAAACUUAGGCUUUUAAUAAAACAUUUUAAUAUAACUUUAUAAAA